CAGGGAAAACUUUAUCGCCGAUAACGUAUCCGAUAAACCCGAUUUUCCCGUUUAUCGCUGGGCUCCGAUUUUUUUACAUACCGGCCAAAAAUUUCGGCCCAUUUUGAAUUUUGGCCCAAAUCAGAGAUCCCGCGCGAGCUAGGGUUUGCACAGGCAUUUCUUGCAGCCGCCGGACGAGUCACAUUCACAUUCACUGUUUCACAUUUCUUCCCAGUUCGUUUUCCUUCACACCCGACGCCGCCGCCCGUCCUGCUCGUGCCUCCGUCAAGAAGAAGCGAGCUCGGAGCCUCGGACCCGGACCCGGCGCACCUGCUCCCUGCCGCCACCGCGCCGGUACGUGUCUCUGUUCCCCGUUACGCCGCAUUGCCGCUACGUUGCAGCUACAUCGAUCUCCCAGCUUAGAGGGGAACGGGAGGGUCAGCGGUGUGACGGCACUACGGCAGUAUGUGCCUCACCGACAACAGCUUCAACUACCUGCCGCAGGGGACGUCGUGGACCGCCUCAUCGCGGAUUGGCGGGCGACUGCGCGGGCCGGCGCCACGGACGCGCAGGGGCGCAGGGCUACUUCGAGGCCGACUGGCCGAGCUCGUCCACGGCGAGUACAAGGACUGGGUGCGCCGCGAGGAGUGGCGAGAGCAGCGGGACGUUGAAGAGCAGUGGGAGGUUGGCGGGCGAGGUGCGCCGCGUUUGAUUAGAAAGUUAGAAACACAACAUGGCAUUUGAGGUUGAGGAAGACGAUGCACAUCCUAGAGGGCGUUCAAAUGCAACUGUGAUAGACGAACAAGGCGAUUGCCAUCGCAAAGGAAAGAGUGUCAUUGGAGCAUCAUCAAGUGACGUUGCUGGUAUGAGCACAAUGCCUGAAAACACGGUUGAGGUGGUCACACAAAAUGGGAGGCGUGUGAAAUUAAAAGGAGGCAUUGAGAGCCCAUGGAGCCAUGGUGAGCCUUAUGGAAAUGGUUUUAGUUGUAAUUAUUGCACUAGUCGUAUCAAGGGCGGAGGUGCGACCCGUCUAAGAGAGCAUUUGGGAGGAUUGCCUGGAAAUGUGGCUGCAUGUAUUAAUGUUCCACUUAAUGUUAAGGCAAUAAUGACUGAUCAAGUGGCUAUUCGGAGAAUAAGGAGGCGGCGAAACAAUGACCUUAGACACUAUGUUGAGCGAGAGGUUAGAGAAUCAAAUAAAGGAUUAGGGACUUCGAGUAAAGCAAGAAUUCCUCUAGAUGAAGAAGGUCAAAUACAGAUGGCAUUGAAAGAGUCAUUGAGGGAAUAUGAUGAGGAGAGGUUCUACCGAAGUCCAAGUGGUAGUAGGUCUGCAAGUUGUUCUGCUAAUCAACAAACUAGACUUGACAGGUUCUACCGAAGUCCAAGUAUUUCACAGGGUCCUUUUGAUAUUGAUCUGGCACAUAGUAGGGCACAAGCACAGCCUCGGGUGGAUAUCAUGCUUAGGGGCGGUAGCAGAGAUAAGCUAGGAAAAGCAUUGGCGAAGUGGUUUCACGCCAAUGAUAUUCCAGGAAGAAAAGCAGAUUGUCCAUAUUUUCGAUCAGCCAUUAAAUUGGCACAAGAAUGUGGACAAGGGGUGCACAUCCCUAGUGGAAAGGAUUUAGAUGGCAAAUUUUUGGAUAUGAACUAUGAAGAUAUGGAGGCUCACAUGGCCAAAUUCAAGGAUGAUUGGAAGGAAUAUGGUGUUACUGUCAUGUGUGAUUCAUGGACAGGUCCUACCAUGAUGUGUAUCAUUAAUUUUAUGGUAUAUUGCAAUGGAAGGAUGUUUUUUCACAAGUCUAUAAAUGCAACUGGCCGUGUUCAAAAUGCUGAAUUUAUUUAUGAUUGUAUUAGAGAGGUGGUUGUUGAUGAGAUUGGGGUGAAGAAUGUCAUUCAAAUUGUUACAGAUAAUGGGUCCAACUAUAAGAAGGCAUGUCGACAGCUCAUUACUCGGUAUCCGCACAUUACAUGGCAGCCCUGUGCAGCUCAUACAAUUAAUUUGAUGCUGAAAGAUAUAAGUCGCUUUUCUGAGGUCUCUCAAGUAGUGGACGAUGCAAAAAGAAUUUGUAGAUUCUUCUAUAACCAUAACAGGCUUCAUGCUAUGAUGAGGGAGAAAAUUGGUGGAGAGUUGAUUAGGUGGAAUGCUACUAGGUUCGGCACCGUCUUUAUCUUCCUUCAGAGUUUCUGGGAUAGACAAGAUAAGUUUAUGCAAUGGAUGGUGUCUGAUGAUUGGAAAAACAACGCAUGGAAAGAUGAAGCAGAUCAUGCAUUUACUUAUGAUUGUUUGUUAAAUAGAAGAUGGUGGAGUGACAUGGAAUUGGUGUUGAAUGCUGUCACACCAAUUUAUACUGUGCUUCGCUAUGCUGAUCAACAAAAAAAUGCAACUAUAGCUGGAUUUCUUCCAAAGAUAAUGACAGCCAUGGCUCAAAUACGUGGUAAUUUAAGUAAAGAGAAAGAUCUUCUUGAUAGAAUAGUUGGAGUGAUCAAGAAGAGACUAAAAUAUAUGGUUGAUGAUACUCUCAUUGUUGCAGCUGGUGCACUUGAUCCUAAAACAUUAUAUAUGACUAAGCUUUCAAGAAAAUCAUCUACUAGACAUGCAGUUACAUUGGCUCUUAAGAAGCUUGCAAGCUCAUCUAAGAUUGCAUCUGCUGCAAUUGAGCAAUAUGCUUUUUUCUGUGAAAAAAGAGGAUUAUUUGCAGGGGAGGAAGCCGAACGUUCAGCAACUAAUGGACGCAUGAGUGCAGCUGAAUGGUGGAGUGCAUAUGGAGGAGAGCACAAAGAACUACAAAUGCUUGCACGUCGGAUUGUUUCACAAUGUCUAUCCUCUAGUGGAUGCGAGCGAAACUGGAGCACAUUUGCAUUGGUCCAUACCAAACUGAGAAAUCGUUUGGGUUAUGAGAAGCUCCACAAAUUGGUUUAUGUCCACUACAAUUUGAAAUUACGCAUCCAACAUUUCGAGAAUGACAUGCAAAGUCUUCAAGAAAUGCAAGUCUUCAAAGAUACUGAGUUAGAUCCAUAUAGUGUUAUGAUAGAUUGUGCUAUGUAUGAUGAAGGUAACCCAAUCAUGGAUUGGUUGUGCAACUCAAGGAGUGAGUCUACGCCUAUUCUUGAUGAGUAUGAUGACAAUGAGCUUGAAUCCCCAAUCCCAUCUAGAGUUCUCAUGGAUGAGUUAGGAAUGGAUGUAGAAGUGACCGCAUUGAAGAGGAAGCUUGAUUUUAAUACAAGAGAAGGUAAGAAGAAAAGAAAGGCAGGACUUGUUGAUAUUGAGGAAGAAAUUGAGGAUGAUGUUGAGUCAGAUUCUUCAGAUGGUAGCCCAAUAAAUGUUGAAUUAUGUGAUAGCAGUUCAGAUGAUGAUGGCACAGGUGAUGAGUUUGGUGACGAAUGGGAAUUUAGAGGACCUAGUGGUGGUGGAGCAUGUGAAGUUGGACCUAGUGGUGGUGGAGCAUGUGAUGUUGGACCUAGUGGUGAUGGAUCAAGGGAUGGUGCUAUGCAUGAGCAAGCAGCUCCAAAUCCUCCACUUCGUCCAAGAUCAACAAGGCUAAAGAAAGUCCCUGUGAAGGAACUUUAUAAGUGACAAGUGAUCAAAGCCUCUCCAAAGACUAUGGAGGAUUUCAUUGUCAUAUUUUCAGCACAUGUCUUUGCCUUAUUUUGGACUUUUGAUUCAUGUGUGAACUAUGAAUGGACUAUGAAUGUGUGAAACUGUGAACUAUGAAUGUGUGACUGUGAACUAUGAAUGUGUGACUGUGAACUAUGAAUGUGUUAAACUGUGAACUAUGAAUGUGCUAAUGUGUUGUUUUAUUUU